AUGCCGACUGACCCAAGUCUCAUGGGUGAGAUUGGCCAAAGCUACAACGCACUCGUUUUUACCGUCACUGACGAGACUCCCCGCAUCAAAGCCACCGGCCCUCCAUAUCUGGACCCGCAGCUUUCCAUGCUCGAGGACAGGGCCGCCCUUAUGCUCGAGUCGAAAGUUGGGGCGGUGGAUAUGGUUGCCCUUGACCUGAGCAAGGCCAUAACACGCCACGUCCAGUCUUCACAGAAGGCUACAGCCGAUAAAUGCGCCUUGAUGUUCCGAUGUCCUCCAGGCUGCCCGGUUUGGGAAGGCCCUUUUGCCGUGACUGCUGUGAAUGAUUAUCGCCGCCACACUAUCCGUGAUGAUCUUGUCGAGCGCAACUCUAGAAAUAUUAUCUCCACGUCAUCGCAGGUCAUCACGAGAUCACCAUCAAGCCCAAGGGAGUCUUUGGUCAAUGGCUCUUUCGCGAGUCACCUUGAAAGCAGCAUGUCCGGUCACACUCGCGCCCAGUCGCUUGUAUCACAUCAAGAGUGCACUCAACGUUACAUUACCACCGACCCCCUUGCUCGAGCUAAGAAGCUCGGCGAGUAG